CUUGUCACUUUGACAGAUUCGAAGAGAGACGUCUUCAGGUCAAGACCAAAGCGAUUUCGGAUCGGAUGGAGAAGAUCUGUGUGGCUGUGAGGGUGAGACCACCGGCGCCGGAAAAGUAUCCGGAAAAUGGAGCUGUCCACUGGAAAGUCGAAGACAAUCGAAUCUCUCUUUACAAGUCCCUUGACACUCCAAUCUCCAACGUCUCUUACGCUUUUGAUCAUGUGUUCGACGAAACUUGUACGAAUGCCAGGGUUUACGAGCUUCUUACCAGGGAUAUUAUCCAUGCCGCAGUCGAUGGUUUUAAUGGUACUGCAUUUGCUUAUGGACAGACAAGUAGUGGAAAGACGUUUACCAUGAAGGGUUCUGAAACUGAUCCUGGAAUAAUUCACAGGGCAGUCAGAGAUGUGUUCGAGCGAAUAAAGACUAUAUCUGAUCGAGAGUUUCUAAUUCGGGUUUCGUAUAUGGAGAUUUACAACGAAGAAAUCAAUGAUCUUUUAGCUGUUGAGAACCAGAAAUUGCAAAUCCAUGAAAAUUUCGAGCGUGGUAUAUUUGUCACGGGUCUCAAGGAGGAAAUUGUCAAUGAUGCUGAGCAGAUUCUAAAGCUUAUUGAUGCUGGAGAAGUUAAUAGGCACUUUGGCGAAACAAACAUGAACAUUCGCAGUAGCAGGUCUCACACAAUCUUCAGAAUGGUGAUUGAGAGCAAGGGAAAAGAGAACAGCUCUUCUGAUGCCAUCCGAGUCUCAGUUUUGAAUUUGGUUGACUUGGCUGGCUCUGAGCGUAUUGCUAAAACCGGCGCUGAUGGAGUUCGCUUGAAGGAGGGGAAGUACAUUAAUAAGAGCCUAAUGAUUCUUGGAAAUGUCAUCAACAAACUAAGUGAUGGUGCAAAGCAGAGAGCACAUAUCCCAUACCGUGAUAGCAAGCUGACUCGUAUUCUUCAACCUGCACUUGGUGGUAAUGCUAAGACCUGUAUUAUAUGUACUGUUGCACCAGAAGAGGAUCAUAUUGAGGAAUCCAAAGGAACCCUCCAAUUUGCCAGCAGAGCCAAACGAAUCACCAAUUGUGCUCAAGUGAAUGAGAUCUUGACCGAUGGAGCUUUAUUGAAGCGGCAAAAAUUAGAGAUUGAAGAGCUGCGAAUGAAACUACAGGGAUCCCAUGCUGAGGUGCUGGAACAAGAAAUCUUAAAGUUAAGAAAUCAGAUGCUCAAGUAUGAGUUAGAGUGUGAAAGACUCGAGGCCCAACUAGAAGAAGAGAGGAGAACACAAAAGGAAUAUGAACACCGCAUCAAGGAGCAACAAGUGAAAAUAGACAAUCUCAGUAAUCUUGUCUCAAAUUCAGACCUUAGGAGGAACCAGUCUGAGGAAUUCAUUAGUUUGGGACGUACAUCAAAUGAGGAUUGCAAUGGAAAUGAUAGCUCAGAAUUUCCUGAUACACCUUGCUUUAGAUCAGCUUCCAAAUCCUUUGUGGUUGCGCGGUCAAAUUAUUCAGGAUUGUCUGAUUUCAGCCCUCUGGUUGAUUUCGAAAAUGUGGCUGACGAAGACACAUGGAUGAAAAUAAAUAAGGGUUAUAAAGCAGAUCUUGAUAAGCUCCAGUUUACUCCUUUCAGCAAAGUUCAAUCCAGUCCGUCAAGUAUUGCAACAAAGGAAUGUCUUCAUGAAAAUUACAAAGAAGACAUGGAAAAUCUUAGAAAGCAGUUUGAAUUGCUGACCAAAGAGAGGGACAAUCUUGAGAGAAAACACGAUGAACAAGUACUUCUGAACAACCAAUUGAAGGAAGAGAUUUCUGAGCUCAAACAAGAAGCACUGCACAUGAAAGAAGUCCCGAAAAGGUUGUUUGGAUCUGUUGCCCAUUGCAGAGAUAUCUACAAGGAUGUUUUGUUCACAAUGAAAAGCUUUGUCCCCGACGAGGAAUCUCCAACCUCAAAACUACUCUUUGGUACAACUGAAGUCACAAGGAGCCUUCUCUCGACUCUGGAAACACAAUUUUUAGAGGUAUUAGAUGGUCAGAUUGCAGCUACUGCCAACAAUUGUUCAUAUUCAUCUAAAGAUCUCUGGGAAACACUUCACGAGAGAAUGAAGAGCAAAGUCACAUGUCUGCUAUCAGAUCCACAAGCAAGAGACCAGCUUCUUAAUUGCCACAAGAAGGGCUGUGCUGCUGGAAGAGAGAUGGCUUCUUUGGAGGAGAAACUGAAUGAUGAACUCAACACCAUCAAGCAGAAGUACAAUGAGCUGGAGAAGAAUUCACAUUUCAGUAAGCAGCUUUUGGAGGAUUCGAAAGAAAGCUACAGCAUGCUGGAAAAAGAGUUGCAGCUCUUGAAGGAAGAACGGGACUCGUUAGUUGCAGAAGCAUCACAAAGAUGGAGAAUGGUGGCAGAUGAGAAGGAGAACGUAUUGAAGGAUCUUAACGUGGAACUGAAGAGAAGGAAAGAUAUGGAAGAAGAGAUUAAGCAAUUCAGCACUGCUUUUGCUAACAGGCAGAACUCACUCAUGUCUUUUCACAGUGAAUUCAAAUCCAAAUUGCAGAAACUAAGGUCUCAAUAUCCAAAAUCUCCUUAGGAUAAUUUUUAUUUUUAUUUUUGUAGAUGCAGAAACAAAGGCCUUAAUGUAUGUUUCUGAUGCUGCGCAUGGACAAUGCAGAAACAGCCUUCAGAAAUUCGAACAUAUUAACAGUUUCCUAAUUAAGAUAUCACAUUCAUGUUUU